AUGAAGCAACGAUCGCAUACCGCGACGUACCUCGUGCUCCUGGUUGCCGCGUCGUGCCUCGUCAGCUACGCCGCGGCGCAAUCAUGCUCGGCAGUGUGCACCGUUCCCGGCAGCCCCAAUCUCGUUAACUCCGACUGCGUUGUCCAGUGCAACAACUGCGGCUACGCGACUCCCUACGGAUGCGCCACCUACUUCCAGCCCUUGUGGAACUAUAACGCCUACGUGUCCGCCAGCUGCAGCUACUCGUGCUCCAGCGGGCUCGCCUGGUGGUCGUGGCUGCUCAUCAGUCUCGCGAUUCUCUUCGUCUCUGUAGCAGUGGGCUUCGGAGUUUACGUGUGCCUUCGCUCCGCCCGCAGCUGA